AUUAUUUUCACGCGCACUAAAGCUUUGGAAAGACGCGCGUUGUUGUUACGCACGCUGCCAGUUGUAAUUUGACUUAAUUUUGUUAACGGACGUGAAGUCACGUCGAACGCUUAGGAAGAAAAUCGGUCCAGUAAGACCUGCACUGAAUUAAAUAUACAAAUCAUGGAUAAGCUACCCCAGACGAAGAAGUCCUUUGCACCUUCUGUUUCUCAAAUAAAUGCUGAAUUUGUAACACAGCUGGCAAAUAAAUAUUGGGCUCCCCAUGUGAAGAAGAAAUUGCCAUUUGAUAGAAAGGUGAUUGAAGAUGUAUAUCAGCAAGAAAUUGUCAAGUCCAAGUUUGCUAUCAAGAAAAUUAUGCUGCUUGAGUUCAGUCAGUAUCUGGAGAAUUACCUGUGGGUUAAUUACACCCCCAAAGUAUCCAGUGCUGCAUAUUUAAUGUCUAUUUGCUGUAUGGUUAAUGAGAAGUUUAGGGAAAAUGUCCCAGCCUGGGAGACUUUCAAGAAGAACCCUGAACACUUUCCUUACUUUUUCAAAUGUGUCCUGAAUUCUUCUUUGACUGAGGAAGGUGACAGUUUUUCAUUAAAGGAGCAAACGGUUCAAAUCCUCUUCCUUGAUCACUGCUUUAAUAGUUUGGAGGUAGAUUUGAUCAGAUCGCAAGUUCAGCAGCUGAUCUCCCUUCCUAUGUGGGUGUGUCUGUUACCUGCAAGGCUUGAGCAUGAGUUAAAAAAAGUACCAAAACUAAGAAAAUUCUGGAACCUGAUCAUGAAGAAUUAUGCCAAACUGGAUGAAAAGGCAGCUGAACAGGCUUCCAAAGAGCGAACUUUUCUUUCUUCACUCAUCAAAAAAUUUCUCAGAGUGCUGAAAUCCAUCCCAUCAUCAGGGCCGGUUUCAAUGGAAAAAGUCCACUACUGUGAAAGAUUUAUAGAGCUCAUGAUCGAUCUUGAGGCUCUGCUGCCAACAAGGCGCUGGUUUAACACCAUUCUGGAUAAUUCUCAUCUGGUGGUGCACUGUUCCUUAUCAGGCCUGGCCCAGAGAGAGAAGGAAGGACACCUUUUCUGUCAGCUCCUGGACAUGUUAAAAUUUUAUGCUGGUUUUGAAAUUAAUGAUCAGACAGGGAAUGCCCUAACUGAGAAGGAAAUGACAUCCAUGCACUAUGAGCGCAUCACAUCCUUGCAGAGGGCAGCAUUUGCUCACUUUCCAGAGCUUCAUGGUUUUGCCUUGUCAAAUGUAGCAGCAGUGGACACACGAGAUUCUUUAAUCAAACAUUUUGGAAUUCUAAGUCCUGAUACUCUCCAUCGGGUGGCAUCAUAUCUGUGUCUCCUGCCUGCUCUGCCUGAAGGUGACAUCACCACUUAUGAGAAGGAGAUGCUUUUAGAAUUACUGGUAUCCCGGCAUGAAAGGCGGAUAUCCCAAAUAGAACAGCUCAAUCAGAUGCCUCUCUAUCCUACAGAGAAGAUUAUCUGGGAUGAGAAUAUUGUACCCACUGAGUAUUAUUCUGGAGAAGGCUGUCUUGCUCUACCAAAAUUAAAUCUGCAGUUCUUGACACUUCACGACUACCUUUUGAGGAACUUUAAUCUCUUCCGUCUUGAAUCCACUUAUGAAAUCAGACAAGACAUUGAAGACGCAGUCAGCCGGAUGAAACCAUGGCAGUCUGAAUAUGGAGGAGUUGUGUUUGGCGGCUGGGCGAGGAUGGCUCAGCCAAUUGUCGCCUUUACUAUCGUGGAGGUAGCCAAGCCAAAUAUUGGAGAGAACUGGCCUGCCCGAGUACGAGCUGACGUCACCAUCAACCUCAAUAUCCGAGACCAAAUAAAGAAUGAAUGGGAAGGUCUCCGUAAACAUGAUGUUUGCUUUCUCAUUACUGUUCGUCCCACCAAGCCCUAUGGAACUCGAUUUGAUCGCAGGGAGCCUUUUGCAGAACAGACUGGCCUCAUGUAUGUACGAGGGUGUGAAAUUCAAGGCAUGCUGGAUGACCAGGGAAGAGUCAUUGAGGAAGGUCCUGAGCCUAAACCCCAUCUCAAGGGUGAUUCAAGAACUUUCCGUGUUUGGUUGGAUCCAAACCAGUAUCAGCAGGACAUGACAAAUUCUAUCCAGAAUGGUGCUGAGGAUGUCUACGAGACCUUCAACAUUAUAAUGAGAAGAAAGCCCAAAGAAAACAACUUCAAAGCUGUCCUGGAGACAAUUCGAAAUUUAAUGAAUACUGACUGUGUAGUGCCUGACUGGUUGCAUGAUAUCAUCUUGGGAUACGGAGACCCAGGGAGUGCCCACUAUUCCAAAAUGCCAAAUCAAAUACCCACUUUGGACUUCAAUGAUACAUUCCUAUCAGUUGAUCAUCUCAAGUCCUCUUUUCCUGAGAAUAAACUAUCUGUUGAAGAAGAAAAUAUGUCCCUUCAAAAACCACCCUUCAGAAUUGCAUUUCCUUUGAAAAAUGCAAAGGUGAAGAAAAGGAAAGCAGAAGAAGAACAGGAUGAGAUGAAUCUAGAAGAUUGUACAUUAAAAGUUGAGCCCCAUGUCAUUCCCAACCGAGGGCCUUAUCCAUACAAUCAGCCAAAAUGCAAUUUAAUUCAAUUCACUCCUACACAAAUUGAAGCCAUUCGGGCAGGAAUGCAGCCUGGAUUAACAAUGGUUGUAGGUCCUCCUGGAACUGGCAAAACAGAUGUUGCUGUGCAAAUCAUUUCCAACCUUUAUCAUAAUUUUCCUGAACAAAGGACACUCAUUGUAACACAUUCAAAUCAGGCUCUGAACCAGCUGUUUGAGAAAAUCAUGGCUCUCGACAUUGAUGAGCGUCACCUCCUGCGAUUGGGUCAUGGAGAGGAGGAGCUGGAAACUGAGAAGGACUUCAGCAGGUAUGGAAGAGUCAAUUAUGUCCUUGCUCGGAGACUUGAACUUCUAAGGGAGGUCGGUCGCCUUCAGGAAAGUCUUGAUGUACAUGGAGAUGUCUCCUACACUUGUGAGACAGCUGGCCACUUCUUCUUGUAUCAGGUUAUGUCACGUUGGGAGGAAUAUCUCAGCAAAGUAAAGGCAAAGCCAGGCAAGACAGUCGAUGUAGAGGAGGUCUCCAGAUAUUUCCCCUUUCACAAAUAUUUCUCUAAUGCCCCCCAACCAGUUUUUAAAGGGCGGUCUUAUGAUGAAGACAUGGACAUCGCUGAAGGCUGCUUCAGACAUAUAAGGAAGAUAUUUACUCAGCUGGAGGAGUUCAGAGCAUUUGAACUUCUGCGCAGUGGGCUUGAUAGAUCCAAGUAUCUGCUUGUGAAGGAAGCCAAGAUCAUCGCCAUGACCUGCACACAUGCAGCGCUGAAAAGACACGACCUGGUAGAGUUGGGGUUCAAGUACGACAAUAUCCUAAUGGAAGAGGCGGCACAGAUUCUCGAAAUCGAAACAUUCAUUCCUCUCUUACUCCAGAAUCCACAAGAUGGCUUCAGUCGACUUAAACGCUGGAUUAUGAUUGGUGACCACCACCAGCUUCCUCCUGUUAUUAAAAAUAUGGCCUUCCAGAAAUAUUCCAACAUGGAGCAGUCCUUGUUCACACGCUUUGUCCGGCUGGGUGUGCCAACCGUAGAUCUGGAUGCUCAAGGCAGAGCGAGAGCAAGUUUGUGCAAUUUAUACAACUGGCGUUACAAGCACUUGGGAAACCUUCCUCAUGUUCAGUUACUACCAGAAUUUCAAAGAGCCAAUGCGGGGCUUGCCUUUGAUUUCCAGCUUAUCAAUGUGGAGGACUUUAAUGGCAUUGGGGAGUCGGAACCAAAUCCUUAUUUUUACCAGAACCUUGCAGAAGCAGAGUACGCUGUGGCACUUUUCAUGUACAUGCGACUCCUGGGUUACCCGGCUGACAAGAUUAGCAUUUUGACAACCUACAAUGGACAGAAGCACCUGAUUCGUGACGUGAUAAACCAGCGCUGUGGAAACAACCCUUUCAUUGGCCGUCCCAGUAAGGUGACGACAGUCGACAGAUUCCAGGGUCAGCAGAACGACUACAUCAUCCUCUCGCUGGUUCGAACGAAAGCAGUGGGCCACCUCAGAGAUGUGCGCAGGUUGGUGGUGGCCAUGUCCAGAGCUCGGCUGGGCCUCUACAUCUUUGCCCGGGUUUCUCUCUUCCAGAACUGCUUUGAACUGACGCCUGCCUUUAACCAGCUGGCCGCCCGUCCGCUGCUGCUGCACAUCGUGCCAGAUGAGUAUUUUCCUACAGACAGAAAGAAUGGAGAUCCACCACAGCAUCAGGUGAAGGUGAUUAAGAAUAUGCCAGAAAUGGCCAACUUUGUGUACACCAUGUAUAUGCACCUGAUCCAGAGCAGUCACCACUACAGACAGCAGCAGCAACUUCUACCCCCUCCACGUCAAACACAAAUGGAAGAAUUGGGAUCAGAGGAAGAGCAGCAGGAGGAAAAAAUGCAAACUGAGAAGGACAAAGAGGCAGAAGAGACCAAAGACGCCGAGCCGACCAAAAAACCAGAGGAAGAAGAAGAAGUGCACAGCAAAAUGCCAGAGCAUCCCGGGCGAGACAGCGACAGCGAGGACAGUGACAUCGAAGGAGGCACUCAGUACUAAAGAGCCUGUCAUCCGCCAUGUGCCGUCACCUCAGAGAAGGGACUGAUGGCUUCAGACGUCCAAGACGUUCACUUUUCAAGAAAUGUGUCGAAAUGCAUUUGCUUUCCUUUCCUCAAAGUGCUGCCCGGGCUCGGCGGGCGCUCCUGUCGUCAGGCCGUGCUGUUCAUCGGUCCCGUUUUAAAUGCAGUAAGCGACUUUGGUUCAGUCUUUAUUCUCGUAAGAAUCGUGUACUUCGUCUGCUGGUGGCCUUUGGGGGCAAGUCAUCCAUGAGGACCCUUUUACAAAAGUUUGACAAUUAAAUGAAGCGCUCAGCACACACAUGGUGUCGGGUCUCUGAAUUGGCGGGUAGUCCCACCCUGGGCUCAUUGCAUUUUCCUGUGAUAAAUGAUUUAAAAUGGA